AUGGGGGGACCCGCCAGUCAGCCGGGCCCGCGAGGGGGUCGAAAGUACAGUCGGGAAGUAGCCGCGAGCAAGGGCUCAAGCGGCUUAGACCGAAGGAGCACGUGUGUGCCACCCCCCUUCCACGUCACCAGUGGCCAGCUAGUUGUGGGGCAAGGAGUAGUCGUACACGCGCGAGAAAGGGACUUGCUUUGAAAUGUAACAUUACUAUAUAUUCGCUCGAAAAUUCAGCGCACAACCGAUGUGAGACUAAACCCAUGUCACACCUUCCCCAGAAGGGGGGAAACCGGCGUGGGUUCGAAUCCUCUCAGAGCCAAAAUUCAUAUUUUUUUUAUCUGAUUAUCGCGACUUUCCUGCAGAUCACCGGUGAAGGAUUAAGCAACCAGAAUCACUAGAUCAUCGGCAAAAAUCUUGUCAAUGCGAUUCGCGGAGAAUUGUUACUAAAAUUGUUGAACGAUUCGUGAUAAAAGGAUCGCGAAUUCAUCGAGUAAAGCAUCUCCGAUUGAUCGACGAACAAGCCAUCGUCGGGAAGAGGACGAUCCGCUAGGAGACGAGUCGCCACCUCCUAAGAACGUACCAGAUGCGAUGAAGAGCAUCCUCUUGCUGCGCGAACCUGAGGAUGAAGCUCCCUGACACGCGCCCCACCUCCAUCCAGCUCCUCUCCGCCGGGUGAUAGCCGCCGGAGAGCUGCAAAGUCGCCGUUUUUCCGCUCCGCUGGGUGACAACUGCCGGAGAUGAUUCAACGACCUAUUUUAUUAAUCUCUAGACUUCGCAAGGAGAUCUAGAGAUUGCCCACAUCGUCUUUGUUCAAGGAGAGCCUUCGAGGCCGUGGACACUGCACGACUAUCCUCCCGAAUGCUCAAGAUUCCAGUGCAUCGCCAACGCAUCACCGCUGCGACGUCGGAACUCUGUUUUCCUACUUUCAACUUACUUUACGCUUCAUUUAGUGAUAAUCUGUGUGAUUUUAAUUUACCAAAAUAUAUUUUGUUCAAUUACGAUUCUUCCGACUUUUACAGAUCUUAAUUUGAUCAAUUAAAUCGUUUAUAAUCACUUACAUAAGAAUCGCAAGGUGGAACCCUAUUUCCGCCCGAUUCGCAUCCGCCAGGUGCUGACGUCACCCUGACAUCCGCACCCUUAUUUCCCUUUUUUGUGAAUUUUAAAUGUAUUUCCUUUUCAUUUCUUAGUAUAAAAUUCAUAUAAAGUAGUGUUCUUUGAGGAAAAUUCUGAAUAAUUACCAGAUAUUAUAUUAUAUUCUUGUGAUCGACCUAGAAAAUUAUUGCUAUUUUUGGAAGUUUUAUUGAAUUAUAAUUGAUAUAUUUGUUCAGAAAUACUUCUAAAUAUCCAAAAAUUCGUAUUUUCUUGUUUUAUAAAUUUUAUAUUUGUGUGAUUUAAUAUACAAUGACUAAGUCACAUCACCUCUCCUUAGACAAGGACGACGUGGGCAAUCUGUAAAUCUCCUUGCGAAGUCUAGAGAUCAAUAAAAUAGGUCUUUGAAUCGUCUCUAGCGGCUGUCACCUGACGGAGCAGAAAAAUGGCGACUUUGCGGCUCUCCGGCGACUAUCACCCGAUGGAGAGGAGCUGGAUGGAGGUGGGGCGCGUGUUAGGGAGCUUCAUCCUCAAGUCUGCGUAGCAAGAGGAGGCUCUUCAUUGCAUCCAGUACGCUCUUAAGAGGUGGCGACUUGUCUCCCGACGGAUCAUCCUCUUCUCGACGACGACUUGUUCGUUGAUCAAUUGGAAAUGUUUUACUUGAUGGAUUCACGAUCUUUUUAUUGCAAAUCGUUCAGCAACUUUAGUAACAAUGCUCGGCAAAUCGCAUUGACGAGAUUUUCGCUGAUGAUCUAGUGAUUAUAGUGGCUUAAUCCUUCAUCGGUGACCUACAGGAAAGUCGUGAUAAUUAAAUAAAAAAUAUGAGUUUUUGCUCUAGGAGGAUUCAAACCUAUGCCAGUUGCCCGCCUAUAUGAGAGAGAUUGACAUAAGUACUCUAAUGCCCUUAUCAAAUGACAUCAUCAUGGUAUAUCUCUAUUAUAAAUAAGGGGUAUUUUAGGUAUUAAAAUCAUCAAAGCCUUUCUAAGGAAGGUGUGACGUGGGUUUAGUCUCACAUCGCUUGUGCGCUAAAGUUUCAGAUAAAUAUAUAGUAAUAUUACAUUUGCAAUCAAGUCCCUUUCUCUCACGUGUACGACCACUCCUUACUAGUUAGCCAUCGGUGACGUGGAAGAGGAGUGGCAUACAUGUGCCCUUAUUGGUCCAAGUUGCUUGAGCCCCUGCUCGCGGCUCCUCUAUGACUAUGCUUCCAACCCGCUUGCGGGUCCGGCUAGCUGACGAUUACCCCCCAUUUUGGGUUUUUUUUUUCUUCAUUUAUCUCAAAAGUAAGACUAUAAAAAUCAUAUAAAUUUUUAUAAAAUCACAUAAUUAGCCAAAAAUUCACAUUAAUCAACUAAAAAUCACUUUUUACACUUUAACACAAAGAUAAGUCUAUUUAUCAUGAAUUAAGACUAAAACUAUAUUAUUUACUAAUUAUUAACUCAUGAUAAUGAAGACUUAUCAAUGACUAACUUAGAUUUUAAAUGAAGAAAUUUAUUGCACAUCAAUGUACAUCCAUCCUAAUUUAGUUGUAGACUUACAGGUAAUCGAAGUGAAAGAGAUAGUCAUAGAGAAGAUGACCACCAUUGAACUCUUUUUUUUCAAAGUUGCGAGGUCUAGUUAGUGGGUGCCAUAAAGAGCAGGGACCUCGCCCAUAUUUUUUAGGAGACCUUUUUGGCCUUGAUGAAGCAGACUCUGCAACGACAUAUUAUCCGCAUCAACAGGCAAAAGGGCACCUUCAAGAAGGUGUGCGAGUUCUCUACCAUCUGGCACCCCGUCACUGGGCCACGUCAUCUCCACCGUCGGAAGCACUCCACCCAGCGCUCUGUCCACCUGACUGACAGGCAUCCAUUUUCUGAUUGUCUCCUCAUUCGAGUCCCAUCAGUUGAGUAGACAAAAGCGACCGGUUAGCGUUGUUGAUGACAGGACUCGCAACAGGGAAACGAUCCAUAUGACGUUCUGGUGGAACCCCCACGUCAACAAGAGAGGAUGAGAUGGUGACACGGGAGCAUGGUGAGCGGAAAUGCAAAAGACACACUAGAGGACAAAAGGAGAUCACAGGGAAAGAGAGAUACGACGUGAGGGAAAGGGAUGAGAGGGGAUGGCUACCCUUAGAGUGGGUCAGACUCUCUCAAACACCCUUAGAGCGGGUAAGACUCUAUUACUACUUCUUUAUUAUAUAAGUGACGUUCAUUCAGUUGAUGCAUCCUAAUGUUACGGAGCUUCCGCUGAGUACUAGGGUCGUGCGGGUGAAGUUGAGGGCUUCAUCACUUUCCCAAUCCAUUGUAGGCUGAACUUAGAAGAAGGGCUGAAGGAUGACUUGUGACAAAAAGAGAUAAAAAGUACGACCAUUUAUAGGAUGUUCCUUGCAGGUGGCACCCUCCCACAAUUAAUGAGGUUGAAUCUUCUGCCUGCACAUCUCGAUAUCUUUCUGUAAAUAGGUACAAUCUCCCAGUUUAUCACUUGCACAAAAGAUUUCUUUCCAUUUAUGGUCCUUACUGCUGAUAUCUUUGAAAUGUCCUCUUUCAAGUUUCUCCUCUCUCAAGAACGUCUCUAAUGAGGAACGACAUUGCAAUGACAAGAGAACACAGUUUACUCCACAUUCAUAGUAGGAGGCAAAUCAUCUGCCAUGAAAAGUUGAGCUGUAUAGAUGGUCACUGAGUUAUAAGAUAACCAUAAUUUAAUGAUUAAUAAACUGAAUUUUAAAGAUGUUUUAAAUAAUAAAUUUAGUGAAUUCUAGUCAUCUUCAUAGAGAUGAAAGACAAAUAUAUCUUUAAUUGAUUCUCAACCCUUACCAAAACUUAAACAACUAAAAACUAAAGAUAGAAAAUUAAUGAUUUCUCUUAUCACCAAAUUGUCAUAGUUGUAUUCCCUUAUCUAAGUCAACUUGUGAAAUAGAAGAGAUGUUCUUUUAUGAUAUUUUGAUUGCCUCUAGAUCACCUCUAAUUCGUGUUAAUUCAAGAGCUUAUGAAAAACAACUUAGAAAAAUCAAAGAAACGAAGGAAUGAAUCAACAACUUAAAAUGAUCAGGUAAAUGGUCUAUAAUGUAGUGAAAUCUAAAAAGGUAUAAAAAAAUAUUCUUAACAAAACUAUGAUUGAUCCUACCAUGUGUGUCAACUCAUAUGAUAGAAUGAAUCAACAACUUGAAAUGAAAUAUGAAAAUUAAAAAAUUACAGUAAAAUAAUGGAGAAAAUGUCAAGAAAGCCAUUGCAACUCUAUCAUCACACAUAGAGAACUUUGGAAUAUAAAUCUAGACAUGAAAUCAAUUAAAAUUACUUAAAAAUAAUUAGGAUCAAAGGAAGUUCUAAAAAAAUCAAGAAAUUAAAAUCAUGAAAUUUUACUUGAGAAGAUAGGAUAGACCAUAUUCCUUUGUCACUAUAGUGAAGAAUGAGGUCUUCCUCUCCCCAAGAGAAGAGAGAAGUUAUGACCAAUAAAGAGAGAUACCCCUUUCUCAUAAUCUUUCCUUUUUAUUUUGGUUAAGAAGGCAUGAAUCUGUUACCUUAAAUCUCUCUUAUAAAUAACUUAAAAAAUCAGAUCUAAUAUGAGAAGGAUUUGAAUGUAGAAAUUGAUUGUUAUUCCUUUUCAUUUUUCAUAAACUUACUAUUUUGGCCUAGCUGAUGUGGUUUUAUUGGUUGACACAUGAGCUUUCUGGCCUAUCAAAACUAAGGAUUAAAACUCAUUUUUAUGUUGACAUAGCUAUGAAGGCUUGGAGCCUAAACAAUAAGUAUUGGCUUACUUGCCACAUGCUUACACAGAAUUCCAAAAAAACUUUAAGCAAUCAGAAUUUUUUUUAAUUCAAAAUCUUACUUCAUGAACAUAUUCUUGGAAAAUAUAAGAUACAUUUUAAGCGUAUAUACACCUUAGAUGAUUGUAUUAUCACAUAAUAUUAAAAGAUCAAAGCAAAUUCAUGAAAAUAAAUCAUCCAAAGUGUAAAUUUAAUCAUGAAUUUUCUAUAAAGUAUUUCAGCACAUGUAAAUGUAUUCUAAUUCAAGUAUAUGUAUUUAAUCAUAAAUUUAUGUUGCUAUUAUAUAAAUUUUACCUUGUUUAUCACAUAAGGUAAGAGUAUUGUCAAGUUGCACACCUAUUCAUGGGAAAGUUUGUGGGGCUUUGAGGCUCACUUGAGGACACCAUCAGUGGUGGAAACAUUUGCUUUGCUUCUAAUUUUCGGAUGAUUCUUAAUUUUUAUCUUUGUGGUAAAAGGUUUCUUCUCAAAAUGUUUUGUAUUUGUCUGAUCAUGAAUGGUCAACUUGAUAGAAGUGGCAAACACGAAGGGUUUAAAUUUUUGUUGUCAAUAGUUUUGUUUUCAAAAUAUACUAUAUUUUUACAAUUAAAAAUGGACAAUUGGAUAGAAGAAGUGGCACACUUCUUCAUUGUGAAUUUUAUGUGGUUGUGAGGACCACUUCAGGACAUCAUCAGCAAUAGAGACAUGCUUUAAUUUUCAUCUUUGGAUGAUUCUUCAGUUAUAUUUUUGUGGUGAAAGGAUUCUUCCGAAAUAUUUUAUCUAUGCAAACACAAAUGCUCAACUUGAUAGAAGUGGCAUGCCUCUUAUGGAGAACUUGAUGAAGCUAUUGAGCCCCUUAGACAACAUUAUUAGGAUGGGGAAAUUUAGUUUUAUUGUCAUUUUAGGAUAGCUCUUUUCACACAAUUGGCACUCAACUGAAGAUUUUAUCAAAAUGUUUCAUCUAUGGAUGGAUGAUCAGAUGGAGUAGAUAAAUUACAAGCAUGAGAGAUAAUUUUGAAAUGGUCUUUUUGGACAGUGCACCCGUAGGUGCACCAAAGUGCAUGAGGUGUGUGCGUGCAUAGCACACAUAAUGUAAGGUUUACCUGCUAUUUAUGAACACUUCGUUCCACACAUUUGCUCAUCCAAAUGAAGUCGUUAACAAGCUUUAAUUCACAGAUGGUUGACUAAAAGGAGCAGAUACACGGUAUGUUGGAGGAAUAAUUGAGAUAUUUUUGUUUUGCUUAACCUAGAGAAUCAAAUAAUUUCUUGAUUUUUCUAGUUUCAUACAAGCUUCACUAUAGUUUGGUAAUUGGGUCAGUGUUUGUUUUGGUUACCAAUGGGAUACCAGCCACUAAUUUUGCCAGUGGUACCGAAAUAAGCUAUGGUGACAUAAAACUGUUUGUGUAGGUGCGCCAAGUGUGCAAGGUGUUGGUGCCCCUAGCGUGCAUAAUGUAGAGAAUUACGAAUUUUGACGAUGACGAUUGUAAUUUUCUACAGAUCAAGAUAAGUUCUUAAAAAAUAUCAAUCAGAGACAGCCUCAUGAAGGUCUGGUACCAUGACGUGAUUGAUCUUUUGAGGUUGCGGUGUAAGCAGGCAGGUUGCCCUGCUGCAUCAAUGUAUCGUGGAGAUCAGUUGGACACCUAAUUUUCCAUGUUUCAGGGUUGAAGUCCUAUCAGGCUAAUGAUGAAGGCAAGGAGCAGAAUCGUCCUAAUGAUGCAUAUAAAAUACACUGCCAAGGCUGAAAAGCAAUCUAGUAUGCCUCUUCAUGGUUGGCAGUUAAAGGGUCAGUUUCACUAACUUCUAGAGUGGUGAACACCACCCCCUAAUUACCCAUUCUGGUUAUGAAGUUAUUUAGAUAUUAAGGGCAUCCUCUUAUAAGAGUAGAGCCUUAGUGCGGGAGAGAGGUUCAGGCUUAAGUGUGUUUUCCUACCGUGUUGACGUCUUAGUGCGUUUCCGUGUUAGAGAAAAGUUCGGUAGAUGUUGACUAACGCUCAAGGCCAGCCAGAGAGAACCAAGUAGACUUGCUUACCAGAUUCCCAUGACAUGAGUCCCAACAUCUAUUUCAGGAUCUCUACUAGAUGAGAGAGAUAACUAGAGAGAGCGAAUGAAAGAGAGGAGAGAGAACCAGACGGACGGAGCGAGAGGAAGAGUGAGAACUUGCGACAGGAGAGAGAGGACUGGGGGAGCGAGAGAGAGAGAACUGAAGGGAAAGAUCGUGACUAAGACUUUAAACGCAGAAAUUUAUUACACAUGAAUACACAUCCAUCCUAUGACAUUUAUAGAGCUGCAGCCCGUGGAAGUGAAAGGUGUAGCCACUGAGGAUACGCCCACCAUGGACGCCUCACCGGUGUAGUCCUCGGCCCGGUAAAGUUGGCGAGGUCCGGCCAGUGGGUGCCGUAAAGAGCGGGGAGCUCGCACACAUUGUUUAGGAUACCCUUUCGGCUCUUGAUCAACCAGACUCUGCAUUCGCAUAGCAACAUGACCAGUGCAGAAGACUUGUUCUACCAAUCAAGAGGCGAAAGUAAAUCUUCAAGAAGGUAUGCGAGCUCUCCGCCCUUUACGGCACCCCGUCGCUGGGCCUCGUCAACUCCGCCGGAAGCACUACACCCUGAGAGACGGCGGCGACUCUUCGCCCGUCUCACUGACGGGCUUCCCUUGCCUCAAUGUCGCCUUAUCUAGUCCCAUCGCUGGAAUCGGCAGAAAGUGACCAGUUAGCUCCGUUGAUGGACUCGCGACGGUGGAACGAACUGCAGGAUUCUCUCAGCCCAUUGUUGACCGGACGUAGAAGAAGGGCUGAAAGGUGGGCGAUGAAGAGAGACGAAGAGUGCGCCGUUAUUUAUAGGCGUCUCGUUGCAGCGUGCAUCCUCCCGAAUCAAUGAGAUUGAAUCUGCUGUCUGCGCGUCUCGAUCUCUUUCUGUAAACAGUUGCCCGCCCUCUCCUGGUUUAUUGCUAGCGCAGAAGAUUUCUUUCCGUUUACGGUCCUCGCUGCUGAUAUUUUGAAACGUUCUUUUCCGGGCUUCUCCUUCUCCCAUCGAGAAUAUUCCCGACGAGUGGAGUACCCUUGAGACGGCACGAGCUCAUCCCUCGGCCCGCGUUCGUUGCGAGGGACAAAUCACCUGCCAUGAAAGAUGAGCCGUCGUUCGGUAUCCUCAUCGUUUACGUUCGUAGAGGGCUAUAUAGCUGGCUGAAUAAUCAGAAUAUCUAGUCAUGGGAGAUCGGGUAUUGGCUUCAUCAAUUUCAGGCUCCUGAUGGCUUGUUGCAAAGAGAUGGGUGUUUUUUCAUUUGAAUUUUGGAACGAAUCAUCAAGAUAAGUGAUUCUUGGUUUGAAUUUUGGAACGAAUCAUCACCAUGGGUGAUUCUUUAUUUAAAAUUUUGGAACCGGUCAUCAAGAAUUGUGAUUCCUCGUUUAAAUUUUCAAAGAGACCAUCAAGGCGGGUGAUUCUUUGUUUAAAUUUUCGAAGGGGCCAUCAAGACGGGUGAUUCUUCGUUUAAAUUUUAGGCGAAAACAUUCAAUUUCAUAUUUUUCUCAGCCCAUUAUGCUCCUUAAGUUGCCCAUCAAGCGUAAGAAAUAGAUGCACCCAGUCACAAAACAUACAAUCUUCAUUAAAAGGGAGGAAAUAAGGGGAACAAGUCACUCAAAUAACCAGAAGUAUGUUAAUAACCCUCUACCAUGUCCUCUUUUUCUCUUUGAAGGUUAAAAAGUGUAAGGAAAAAGGUGAAGGAAAAGAGAGGGAAUGAACACAGCGAAAGCUUUGGUAAUCUGAUUAUAUGAACUUUCCUACAUUUGUGAUAGUCAUUUGCACACUCUUGUCAGCUUUGCUACUAGAGUUCUGACAAGCUCAAGGUAGACUAAGUGGCAUCUGUAUGAGAGGUGAAUAGAUAUAAUCAAGUGUAGAACGUCAUUAAACUUUUAAAAUAGUUCUCACUAUUGUGGCAUAUAUUUUUUUCAAUAUAGUUCUCUAACUUUUAAAAUAGUUAUCUAACAAGUGUAUAAAUGGAUACAUUAAAAUAAGAAUAACAUAAUUUAUCAACAAUCACUCCUAGACUUUAGGCAACACUAGCUGUAUUAAUUUAUUUAAUGAUAAUUAAAUUCUGAAUGUGUUGCAAAAUAUAUUAAUUAAAAUUAAGAGGACAAGUGUGAGCAAUAUAUUUGCAUAAAAUUAGAUGGACUUUUGUUGACAAUCUAAAUUUACUACAUCAAUACUCCAAAGAUUAUGCUAUAUACUUAUAAAUGAUUUCGGAUUGAAUAAUUAUUAAUAUUGUCAAACCGCUCUAGUAAUCAUGCUAGCAUUAUUUUUUAUAUUGAUUUCUAUUUUAAUAAACUGACCGCAUAAAGCUUAGUUAAAACUAUAUAAAAUAUGUUGAAUAAAUUAAUCCACAAAUUAAGCUCCAAACCUUUCGAGAUAGGUAUAUAUGUUAUAUAAAUAUGUUUUUAGGUCUUAAAAUGAAGAAGACGACUAUCCAAAUUUAUAUAAACAAUAAGACAAUUAAAUCCGAAAAAAUACUUUCAUUUGCCACUGAAACUAGUGUGAUCUUUGUCUUUAGUGUUAUCCCAUUAGUUAUUUGCCUACGCUUAUGGCGAUUAACCAAAAUGGAUAAUUAUUUUGUAACCCAAUAGAGUAAAUUUCGUGAAAAGAUUCAUUGAUUAAUCUAUAUAUCAAUCAUAUCGCAUAGAAGAUAUCUAACAUUAUUGAAAUUAUAAUUAAGGAAAUAAAUGAGAUUUACUCUCAAAUGAUAUUCUUUGUGAUUUUUUUAGAUUUCAUGCCACUAGCUAUAUCUCAUGAAGACCAAUUCAUCAUUAUAACAUUUCUUAAAUGCUAGCUUGAUUCUACUUUGUGAGUAUUGUUUAGCUGUGUUGUUAAUCCACUCCAGCCCAAUACUUAUCAUCUUCUAGCGAACUAUACUAUAAACCAAAAUAUGGAUCAGCCAAAAUAACCCAAAUAAUCAUACAUAGGACAUCAUAGGAUGAGGGGGUUAAAAGAGACUAAGAUUUCUACUUUUUGUUUAAGGCCAUGUUUGCAAAAUGACCUACCAUGUACUGGAUUAGUAGAAGAGUGAUCAUUUGGAACUGAAAGCCAAUCUGAUCUUUGUCGCUAAUGGUAUCUAACGUGACUCAGUCGUUGUAUAUUAAAUCACGCAAAUCUAAAAUUUAUAAAACUAGAAAAUACGAAUUUUCGGAUAUUUAGAAGUAUUUUCUGAACAAAUAUAUCAAUUAUAAUUCAAUAAAACUUCCAAAAAUAGCGGUAAUUUUCCAGGUCAAUCACAACAAUGUAAUAUAAUAUAUGGUAAUUAUUCAUAAUUUUUCUCAAUGAAUACGAUUUUCUAUGAAUUGUAUACUAGGAAAUGAAAAGGAAAUAUAUUUAAAAUUCACGAAAAAGAGAAAUAAGGGUGCGGACGUCAAGAUGACGUUAGUGCCCGGCGAACGCGAAUCGGGCAAAAACAGAGUUCCGCCUGACAAUUCUUACAUAAGCGAUUACAGACGAUUUAAUUAAUCAAAUUAAGAUCUGUAAAAGCCGGAAGAAUCGUAAUAGAACAAAGUAUAUUUUGGUAAAUGAAAAUCACAAAAACUAUAACUAAAUGAAGCGUAAAGUAAGUUGAAAGCAGGAAAACAGAGUUCUGGUGUCGCGACGGCAAUGCGUCGGCGAUGCACUGGAAUCCUGAGCAUUCAAGAGGAUCGUCGUGCAGUGUCCACGGCCUCGAAGGCUCUCCUUGGACAAAGACAACGUGGGCAAUCUCUAGAUCUUCUCGCGAAGUCUAGAGAUUAAUGAAAUGGGUCGUCGAGUCGUCUCCGGCUGCCGUCACCCGGCGGAGCGGAAAAACGACGACUUUGCAGCUCUCCGGCGGCUGUCACCCGACAGAGAGGAGCUGGAUGGAGGUGGGGCGUGUGUCAGGGAGCUUCAUCCUCAGGUUCGCACAGCAAGAGGAGGCUCUUCAUCGCAUCUAGUACGCUCUCAGGAGGUGGCGACUCGUCUCCCGGCGGAUCGUCCUCUUCCCGACGACGGCUUGUUCGUUGAUCAAUCAGAGAUGAUUUACUCGAUGGAUUCGCGAUCCUUUUAUCACGAAUCGUUUAGAAAUUUUAGUAGCAAUGCUCCGCGAAUCGCGUUGACGAGAUUUUCGCCGAUGAUCCAACGAUUCUCGUUGCUUAAUCCUUCACCGGCGAUCUGCAGGAAAGUCACGAUAAUCAGAUAAAAAUAUAUGACUUUUGACUCUCGAAGGACUCGAACCCGUGCCGGUCGCCCGCCUCUUCUGAGGAAGGUGUGACGCGGGUUUAGUCCCACAUCGGUUGUGCGCCGAUUUUUUGGGCGAAUAUAUAGUAAUGUUAGCUUUCUAAGCAAAAUUCCUUCUCUUGCGUGUACGACCACUCCUUGCCCCACAGCCGGCUGGCCACCAGUGACGUGGAAGGGGAGUGGCGCACACGUGCCCCUAUCGGUCCAAGCCGCUUGA